AUGUCCCUUCCCAAGACUACCCCUGCCUGGGUCAUCCAAUCCACGGACCCCGCGACUCCAGGAUGGGGAAACAUCAAACUUGUUGAAGACUACCCCGUUCCAGAGCUCGGCGAGAACGACUGCUUGGUUCAAAUUCAAGCCGUUUCUCUGAACUAUAGAGAUCUGGUUAUCCCCAAGGGCCAGUAUCCACUGCCGCUCAACCUCCCCUGUGUCGCUGCUUCGGAUGGUGCGGGAAAAAUUCUCGCCGUGGGCUCCAAAGUGACCGAGUUUGGAGAAGGCGAUAAGGUGGUCACGCAGUUCACGCAAGCACAUCAAUACGGACCCGUUACCGCAGCGAUGAUGAACACGACAUUGGGUGGCACCGUCCACGGCUGUCUGCGCAAGUAUGCCGUCUUCCCAGCGUCGGGCCUCGUUCAUGCUCCGUCCAACCUCACUCCAACCGAGGCGGGGACCUUGACUUGCGCGCCCCUCACGUCUUGGAACGCUCUUUACGGUCUUCAAUCGAAGGCCUUGAAGCCUGGAGAGGUGGUUCUCACUCAAGGAACCGGCGGCGUCUCGCUUGCCGCCAUUCAGUUCGCCAAAGCCGCCGGGGCCACUGUGAUUGCCACAACCUCUUCAGAUGAGAAAGCGAAGACGUUGAAGAAGAUGGGCGCCGACCAUGUUAUCAACUACAAGAAGGACCCGAACUGGGGGGAGACAGCAAAGAACCUCACACCUGGCAAAGCGGGCGUUGAUCAUAUCAUCGAGGUUGGUGGGCCUGGCACGAUGGCUCAGUCCCUCAAAGCAAUCAAACUCGAGGGCGUGAUUUCCGUGAUCGGUUUUCUGGGUGGUGUCAAAGCGGCGGACGAGCCCAGCACGCUGGCAGCUCUGGGUGCGGGCUGCAUCAUCCGCGGGAUCUUGAUCGGGUCCAAGGCUCAGCUGAUCGAUAUGGAUGCGCCGGAGGCUUACGAAUACCAAUGGCAGCAGAAGAAUUUUGGCAAGGUCGUGAUCCAGCUCUAG